CCUUUAUCGGGCAAGUGACUGUCAACAGUCACUUAAAACGGCCAUCUUCUCGGCCUCCUCGUAUAUAUCCGUUAACUCCAAGCUGAUGUGUUCUGGGCGUCAGCCAAUCACAAAACACUCUUCUAUGUUGUGACUCAUGAAGCAGACGGAAUCCUUUGUUUUUAUUGGCUGGGCAGCAAGACAAACACGGCAGUGUGUGAUCGGCUUCGAGACGGGGUGCAUCUAACGUUGAGUGCUCUCCACUCAUCUCGUCUCUGCAUACUACAGAAUGUCGAUCAGCCUCACUUCAUUUUACGGUCAAAACCGCAAAGUCAUUGUACCAACCAACCCUGCUGGUAGUGAUGAUGACCAAGAGCUUGACCUAUCUGCUGAUGAUGACGCUGACCCUGACUUCGAGCCUGUGCUAUCCCAGGAUUCUUCCAGUGAAGAUGAACUCAGGCCUAGCCACCAGCUCAAGCGUCAGAAAGCUUCUUCUCAAACAAGGAACCUUGCAAUAGCUGAUGUGGAAGAUGACUCUGGAGAGGAUGGAAGCGAUCAAGAAAACACCACUUCAGCUUCAUCACCGUCAUGGGAAAAAAAUGAUAUAUACCCACCUCCUCUUCCCGAGAAGCCAUACCCACAGCCUGAUCAUAUCUCUACACCAUAUGAAUAUUUCCUGAAGCUUUUUCCCUUAGAAGUCAUAGAUCAUAUUGUUUACCAAACAAAUUUGUAUGUGAAUUUGUAUGUGAAACAAAUAGACAUAAACACGUCAUUUGCCAUUAACAGGGAUGAAAUUAUGAACUUCAUAGGCAUACUCUUGUAUAUGGGAGUUUGUGAAUUACCAUCUUUGGAGGAUUACUGGGCAAAUGAGACAAGAGUCCCCCAAGUAGCUAAUGUGAUGUCAUCCAAACAAUUCAAAUACCUGAGAAGACAUAUACAUUUCAAUGAUAAUGAGUUUGCUGAGGAGUCAGAUGACAGGUUUUAUAAGAUCAGACCAAUGCUUAACUUCAUUAGAAAAACAUUUCAGCAAGUUCCUCCUUCUACCAAACAAUCCAUUGAUGAAGUUAUGGUAGGUUAUAAAGGCACAAGAGCAGGAAAUCUCAGACAGUAUAUCAAAUCUAAGCCAACCAAGUGGGGUUUCAAACUCUACUGUCGUGCCAGUGAUGAUGGUUUUAUACAUGACAUUAUUUUGUAUCAAGGGGGAACUACAUUCACUGCAAACCCAGUUUCCCUUACACAAGCUGAGAGUAGUGAAAAGAUAAGCACUAAGGUUGUUUUGACCCUUGCUAAAACAAUCACCAGCACUACUACUAGUUCUAUAUAUGCAGACAACUUUUUCACCAGCCUACAUCUAGCCAAUAUGCUCAAGAAGCAUUAUAACUGUAGGUACACAGGCACUGCAAGGGAGAAUAGAGUUGGGAGACCUCCACUUAUGUCACCUAAAGAUAUGGGAAACACUAAAACCAAGAGAGAGUCCACCAGUACAAAUAAAUAG